AUGGGGCGCUCACGGCGGAGGGGCGGGCACUACGUGGCCCACGCUCUGCCCUCCGCUCUCAGCGGGGGAAGUGUGAACUUGAACGCAGUUAAGCAGUCAUACGCGUCCAGGCAGGUCUACUGUCAUCUACAGAGCCGUACACGGAGGAGAGAACGGAGCGCCAUCGCCGUGAUGUCCAGGAGAAAACUUGGAAGCCGACCCCAACACCUGAGUGCAAUUCAAGAUGACAAUGCAGAGGCCGUCUUGUGUGAGGAACAGCCACAAUUGGCUCCAGCUGAAGGCCGAGACCUGCUCACUUGUGGACAGUGCAGCCAGUCCUUUCCCUUGGCUCAUAUCCUGGCCUUCAUUCAGCACAAACAGGGGGGCUGCCAGUCAAAAAGCCAAACUGUCCCCGCAACCAACACUCCCCCAUCACCUGCAAAUCAAACUCACCGGGCCACCAUCAGGAGGGAUAAGCAACCUGGCUUCAUCGAGCUGCAGCGAGGGAACACUGUGAACCAAGCUUUGGGGCUGGAACUAGUGAAUGUGAAGGCAGAGCCAGGCAAGUCAGUGUCUGAGGAGCCAACCUUAUUCACCUGUCAGCAGUGUGGGGACAUCUUCCCCUCUGCGUGGGCUCUUCUGCAGCAUGCCCAGCACACACAUACCUUCAGCAUUUACCAGGAAGACAAGGCUGAAGUGGAUAGAGAAUUCACCCUGGACCGAGACCACCUCAGCCAGGCGCUUGCCACAGCAUUUCAGCCCUCUCCUCUUCGCCUGGCCCGUUCCCGACGGUCACUCCCCUCCAUGUUAACAACAGCCAAUAAAGAACUUCAGGCCAUGAACUUCUCCAUGCGCCUCAGAGAGCUGGCAGAGGUUACCAACACAGAUACAGCGAGUAGCUCGACCUUACAUUCUCCAUCUUCAUCUCCACCCGCUGCAUCUCCUUUCCCCCAGAACGAAUUCCGGUGUGAAGUGUGCAACCAAAUCUUCCCCUCUCUUCGGGCAGUGUCGGCACAUCGGCGGACCCAUGCAUGUGACAAACCCUAUCACUGCGGCGUGUGUGGAGAGGCCUUUGCUCAGAGUGGACAGCUCGCUCGACACAUCAGGAGUCAUCACAGAGAUACCACAAGCAGCAAUAGCUUUGAGAGUGUAGAGGCGUCUCUAAUGGACGAGGAACUGGGGCGGCAAGCCAUAUUCAGAAGCAGGUUUCAAAUACAGCCAGUGGAGAAAGAUGUGAGAGGCUCAGAGUUAGACCUGUCCCUCCCUAAAGAGUGUACCCCUGCCUCAGCCAUGAUGCUGCUGAGUCCACAGGCUGCUCCACACCGGGACCUGCUGAGGCUGUACCAGCAGCCAGCCAAUGUUGGGGAGGAAGAGGACACCCCAGAGGCACAAACUGAAGCCCAACACACAUCGCCCUGCGCCAGUCCUUCAGAGGGCUCUCUAGAGAGUGGAGAGACAGGAGGUAGCGGAGAGAGUGGUAUCGCCAGCGGUAACUGCACCCCGAAGCGCCCGGAGACCAGAGGGCUGGAGUGGGACAGCGAAAGAUCAGAGGUCAUGGGAGAGGAGUGGAGCAAAGUGAGUGAAGUAGUGCAAGAGUGGCAGAGGGAGAAUGAGAGGCGGUCUUCAACAAAUACUAGUUCAGGUCCAGGAUCCAAGAAGAAGAAAGAUGAAGCCUGUGAGUAUUGUGGUAAACAAUUUCGUAACAGCAGCAACCUGACCGUACAUCGGCGUAGCCAUACUGGAGAAAGACCAUAUCGCUGUGGUCUUUGCAACUAUGCCUGCGCCCAGAGUUCCAAACUCACUCGCCACAUGAAAACACAUGGGGCACAGGGCACUAAAGCCCCUUUUCUCUGCCAGCUGUGUGCUGUGCCAUUCACUGUGUACGCCACUUUAGAGAAGCACCUUAAGAAGGUGCAUGGCUUAAGCCAUGCCAGUGUGGGAGCUUAUACGCAGAUGAGUGUCUCAGACCCCAUGUCUACUGCUAAGGCAGACGAGAAUAGCAUAGUCUUGAAGAUGGAGGAGGAUGAGGCUUGUCCGGAGAAUAUGGAGACUGCCCACAACAUGCUCAGUGAUACUGUGGACAACAGUCUGAAGCUAGAGACACCUGUGGAUAACGUGGCCUAG